AUGUCAGCAAGGGGAGGCUUCCGCGGUGGCUUCAACCCCCAAUUGCAGCACGGAUAUCCACCAAAGGGACCAUAUGAUGGACGCGGCUAUGGGCCGUCGUCGGGACAUGGCACUCCCGUCUCCUCAUUCCAUGGCUCCCCGACAGCUCAUUCACCAUAUGGUGGCGGCGGUCGUGGUUGGAACCCUCAGCCACAAUAUUCCCCACAAGGAAGCCAAUAUGCAUCUCCUUAUCCACCUCCUCAUAACAACUUCGCACCACCAGCUGGCCCUCAGGGAAUCUAUCAUCAAGUUCCCGCCCACUCCCCUCCCUAUCCUCCAACUGGGCCUUCGGCUCAAUACUCUCCCACAGGACCUUACCGUGGCAAUGGCAGGGGGGCGCCGGGUCCAUUCCGGGGCAAUCAGUUCUCGCCCCCUCGCGGAGGGUUUAGAAGCGGGUUUAAGAGCACGCAGUGGCAGCCACAACCGACUAAUGGCCGCGGCCAACAUGGCCAAGGUGAAGCCCCUGAGGCGGCACAUGCUGCUCCCGAGCCAUCCUCUGCUGCCAGGCUAGAACAGCCGGCCAGUCAGGGCGAUGUGGAGAUGAAAGAUAGCGACGACAACCCGUUCAGACCUCCGAAAGAGCUGCAGGUCGAAGACGCAAACGCAAAGGAGGAGCAACAAAAGAAUGACAAGAUGCCACCUCCUGCCCGGCCACCUCCCACGGGGCCGCAGUCACAGACUUCUAAUAAGUUUAGUUUUAGCAUGAAGAAUGCGGUGAAACCGCCAGUGGCGAGCCCAAGGCCUGAAAUCUCAUCAAAGUUCAAUGCUGCUCCGACACCUCGCGAGCCUCCUCAGAAACCAGUAGCACAGAAACCCCCGCCUCCUCUACUGAGAAUGGACCGAGACCGGGGCUUUCCGAAGAAUGCUCCAACAGAGCCGGCUUCUGCACGACCACGUCCCGGUAUCCCCACUGGUCCGAGCGCCAUGACUGAUAGGAGACCCCCGGAGCCCGCAAGACCGCCGCCCGAUACGACACCAAAGACGCGCAAGGUGAAGAAGAUCGUGAAGCGACUAAAGGAGAAGCCUAAGCUUCCUCCUGACUUGGCUGCUUCCAAAUCCGUCUUCUUCCGGAAACCAGGCAAUGAGUCGGUUGUUGGCUCGGGUACAUACGGCAAGGUCUUCAAAGCCAUGAAUGUCUACACUAAGAAGCUCGUGGCUUUGAAGAGAAUCCGGAUGGAGGGCGAAAGGGAUGGCUUCCCUGUCACCGCGGUUCGUGAGAUCAAGCUGCUCAGCUCGCUUAGCCACAAGAACGUGGUCAAGCUUUUGGAGGUCAUGGUUGAGAAUAAUGAAUGCUACAUGGUAUUCGAGUACCUGUCCCAUGAUCUGACGGGUCUCCUCAAUCAUCCGACAUACCAGUUGGAGCCAUGCCAUAAGAAGCAUUUGGCACAACAGCUCUUCGAGGGUCUUGACUACCUGCAUACCAGGGGUGUCCUGCACCGCGACAUCAAGGCCGCAAACAUCCUGGUCAGCAAUGAGGGUAUCCUCAAGCUUGCUGAUUUUGGUCUGGCACGCUUCUAUGCUAAGCACCACCAGCUCGACUACACCAACCGUGUCAUCACCAUCUGGUACCGCUCGCCAGAGCUGCUGCUUGGUGAGACUCAAUACGGUCCAGCAGUCGACAUUUGGAGCGCAGCGUGCGUGCUAGUGGAGAUAUUCACCAAGCGAGCCAUCUUCCCUGGCGACGGCAGCGAAAUCAACCAGCUUGACAAGAUCUACUCCGUUCUGGGUACCCCGACCAAGAAUGACUGGCCGAACAUUGUCGAGAUGCCCUGGUUCGAGUUGCUGCGCCCGACAUAUCGCCGCCCCAACGUUUUUGAGCAAAAGUACAAGGACCUGGUCACCCCUGCGGCGUUCGAACUGCUCAAGUGGAUGUUCCGCUACGAUCCGGCGAAGCGUCCCUCUGCGGCUGAUGUCCUGCAGCAUGCGUACUUCACUGAAGAGGAGCCGGCUCCUAGGCAGGCUAUCGAGCUCAAAGACAUUGGCGGCGAGUGGCACGAGCUCGAGUCGAAAGCUCUCCGUCGCGAGAGAGAAAAGAAGGAGCGCGAGCAAAGGGAGAAGGAACAGAAAGAGCGUGCGGCUCAUGCCGCGGGGCAAUCGGCCCCGGCUUUAUCGUCUAAAGGUGAACCAGCACCUCAGAUAUCUCAACCAGUUCCUACCACUGGGCCCGAACCCAGGGACAACGAUAGGAAACGGCCCAACCCGGAUAGCAGUGGUGCUGGCGGGAUUGGUGAGGGUGAUAUUCUACAGCGGGAGGCGAAGAGGUUGCAUGUUGAUCAGACUGCUGCUUCUUCGUCUCAAACACAAGGCCAGAGGUUGCCGAUUGUUGCUCCUCCGCCUCCACCGCCCCCUCCUUCAUCAAGGCAGCAGGUUGGUUGA